AUGACUGCGCUGCUCCACGUGACCUCAGGGUUUUACAUGUUUUUACAUCAUCGGAAAGUAAACAAAGCGUUUCCCAAAGCAAAGCCUAGUUUUUUAGCUUCAUGAAGGCAUUUUUUAUUGUUCUUGGUCGACUUGUUUAAGCCUUUAAUGGUUUAGUGUGACAUCAUGUUGACAGAAUGGUUGUAUUUAACCAGAUUUAACCAUCUCUCCCUCUGUUUGUUAUCGUGUCACCGCCACACAAACAGUAAUGCAGCUUACACAGAAUAAUAUUAAAGGUUUUCUCUCUCUUCAAGGAUUUAAUCACAUUUCUGGACAAAAUGUUCAAAAUAAACCUGCAGAGACUUUAAACUUGCUGCAGAUCUUCAGGCGAUUAUCUCAGUUUGUCGUCCGCGUCGUGUUCUGAUGGAGAACCCAGAUCUAUAAUAUCUUCUCCAGGCGAUACCUCAGGUCACCCUGGUGGGUCACGACUGGGGCGGCGUUCUGGUGUGGACCAUGGCUCAGUAUCAUCCUGAGAGAGUCAGCGCUGCGGCGUCUCUGAACACUCCUCUGUGCCCCGCCGAUCCUUCUGUAACUCCUGCAGAGAGACUGAAGGCUGAACCCAGAUUUGACUACCAGCUCUACUUCCAGAAACCUGGCGCGGCGGAGGCCGAGCUGGAGAAAGACUUGGAGAGGACCUUUAAGAUUUUCUUUUUCAGCAGCGGUGAAGCGGCGAAGCGUCCUGCCGUCAGCACCGCAGGAGUCUGCGCUCGAGGUGGUCUGUUUGUGGGUCUGCCGGAGCAGAUUCCCCGGAGCUCCGUGCUGACGGAGGCCGACCUGCAGUACUACGUCAGCCAGUACAGAGAGCGAGGCUUCAGGAGACCGUUGAACUGGUAUCGUAACGGGGAGGCGAACUGGAGGUGGAUGUGUUCUCGUCCCACUGCAAAGCUGCUGAUGCCUGCUCUGAUGGUGACGGCAGGUAAAGACCAGGUUCUGCUGCCGGCCUUCUCCAAAGGGAUGGAGGACUUGAUCCCGAACCUGAGCAGAGGACACAUCGAGGAGUGUGGACACUGGACUCAGAUGGAAAGGCCAGCGGAGACAAACAGCAUCCUGAUAUCAUGGCUUAGAGAGACGCACAAGAAGGCUGGAGGCGUUAAAGUGGCCCCCAAACUGUGAGGGGGGCGGGGAGAGAGAGGGAGGAAGGGAGAGA